CAUUGCAUCUAUGCAAGCAAACGACCUGGAUCAAAUGAGAAUGUACUUGAUUCUACCUGCGCUAAAAAGCCUGGUCCUCUUUUGAGAAGCACCAGAGCCCUGCUAAAACACGAGGACUACUUAUGCAUAUUCAUAGUAGAAUGAUUCACAUCUUCUUCAUGGCAAACAGGUGUCAGGAAUGCUGAAUCAGCUCUGACUCCCAUCAUAACUACAGUAUUGGUAUGGUGACCUGGGUUGUGUCUUUAUGACCUCCCCACAUCCUUAAAAGGCGGAGACGUAUCGGUGCCUUCUCAACUUGAACCUUUGACCCUUGAUCAUCCAAAGGGGGACAAGGAACAUUCAUAAUCAACAAAUAGAAGUUAGAAAGAAAGAAUGUCAAAAUAUAAUUCUUCCAAUACACACACAAGUAUGUACAUAGUACAUACUGGAUCCCUUUCUGCAAAUAAUGAAUUAAAACCUUUACUUUCUCUCUGUCUUUGUUUUCCUCUCUGAUGAAGACGGCAAUGACAUCAGAGACUGCAGCACGCAGCGCGGCGCCACCUCGGAGAGUCUGCGUGUGGACGCCCCUGGCUCCUCCCACAUGUCAAGUCACAGGGGGGAGCUGCGCAUCCUGAGCGUCUACGGACAAGGGGAGGGCUCACUGGCGGUGGACGGCCAUGACACCCUCUUUGCGGCGUCAGAACUGGAGGCCUUGAGCUCGCUGUCCGCUGACCACAGCGUGGCCAAGAGCCUGAACUGCAGCGUGAGGCUCGUCCGCCUUGAGGAGCUGACUGGGCAUCAGGGCGGCCGCAAGGGCCGGCCCGGUGUCUUGGGUGGCAAGGUUAUUCCCAACAAUGCCAAUAUGAUCGUCAACAUGAGUACCAACACCAACGAGAAGCCGCACAGGUGCGCCCAAUGCAUGAUGCUCUUCCAAUGGAAAAGCGACCUGAAGAUCCACAUGAGGACUCACACUGGUGAGAAGCCCUACAAGUGUGACCAAUGCACGAAGCGCUUCAGUCGGACAGGCACCCUGAAGAUCCACAUGAGGACUCACUCAGGGGAGAAGCCCUACAGGUGUGGCCAAUGCACGAAGCGCUUCAGUCAGAGCUCUGCGCUGAAGACCCACAUGAGGACUCACACAAGCGAGAAGCCGUACAGGUGUGACCAAUGCACGAUGCGCUUCAGGCGUGUCUCCACCCUGAAGAUCCACAUGAGGACUCACUCCGGCGAGAAGCCCUACAGCUGUGACCAAUGCACGAUGUGCUUCAGUCAUGGCUCCGCCCUGAAGAUUCACGUGAGGACUCACUCUGGUUAGAAGUGCACAUGCUCAUGCACACGGACAAUGGGGUGCUUUAACAUGGGGUACAAGAUGCUUUGACACCUCUAUCCUGUAUUUGUUGAACAUUUCUGACUAAACACUUUCCAACUUUUGAUUCGCUUUGUUUUUAUUGUUAAUAAUUUAAAGGCAAUAAACAUGUAUUGCAGUGUUAAGGAAUUCAUGUUUUUUCAUUCAGAUAUGUAAAUCAACAUGUAUAAAUUGCUGUCAGUCAAUUAAUGGGGAGAUAAUCGAAUCAAAUUCGAAUCGGACUGAAAAAAUGAAUCGUUGGAUUAAUCGAUGCAUCAGAAAAAUAAUCUCUAGAUUAAUCGUUUAAAAAAUAAUUCAAGCC